AUGGAACUCCGCAGCCAACUUUUCCCUUUCAUUCUUCUCCUUAUCGUGAGCUGGAGCCGACAAAACGAAGUAGGAGGAAGCAGUUUGUCGACUGAUGCAUUGGCUCGGUAUACCUUCACGACAGCAGCUUGCAACGAGGGAUCGUUCCCAGAUACAGCCCAUCACCUCGAAGUUCCUUUGCCAUCCUUGGGGCGCAAUCGAGAAUACACCAAGUGCUCCAAGGGACUUGGCGUGGAGGCCGUUCCUUACGUCGACGCCAGUGUAAAUUCCAACGUUCCACUUUGGCUCGAACAAAAAGAUGGCCUCAAUGACAUUUUACAGCAUGUAGCGCGAAACGACUGGGGUAUCAGCUUUGAGCUUUGGCUCAAACCCAUCGUUGGCGACGAGCCACGAGUGGCCGAGUCAGUCAUCUUCGCGAUCGGUUCACCUUCUUCCGCCGACGAAGACAAGUCGAACGACUGCGAUGAGCUCGGUUUGUGGGAAAGCAACGGCAAACUGCAAAUUUCAUUGCGUACUAGCGAUCCGUUUGUGCCCAGUUGCGUCACCUCUUUGGUCUCAGACUUCUCGAUUCGGCCAGGAAAGCUUAUCCAUCUUGUGAUCUCGAUACGAGAUGGCCAUCAACGUGUUUUUGUCAACGGCAAAGGCCAAAGCUUCGCAAAUGAACACUUUUCAUUGGACUCUUUGCGCUCUGCAACCGCCAUGACUUUUUUCUCGUCGGUGAACAACAGUAUCGGGACAUGGCAAGGGAGCUUGUAUCAGUUUUCGAUCUACGACAAUGCUCUUUUGCAAACCGAGGUCGAGCAAAGCCUAACUGCCGGCCUUGUUGGCGACAUUCCACAUUCGAUCCCAUACGAAGUCGUGCUCAAUGAAGAUGCCGAAGCCGAGCCUGAAUCACAUCCCAUUGAGUGGUACUUCUCGCCUCAAUCCGUUACAUCGCUGAGCCUUGAUGACACGCAAGACAUUCAAAAGAUACCACUAAGCCUUCGACCUGUCCAGGAUGAAAUCAAUACUUUGCUUGCUGCUGCCAAUUUGACCCUCAUCAACGACAACACGUUACUAACGGUCUUUGCCUACAUCACAGCUCUGCCAUCCAAGGGCAGCUUGUUUCACCACAAGGACGAAGGAUUCGUUGAGCUACAUCAUACAAACGACGAGCCGUUUGCACUUUUUCUUGAGGACCCCGACUCAUUGGUAUACUUGCCCACCCACAGCGAACACUCGGAGCUCCCUGGUUCAGUGUAUACAACUAUUUCAUACUGUGUUUCAACAAGAGUUAUUUUUGAUCCAGUCCAGUGUGAUCCCUCAGUGAUCUCGAUUGUUGUCGACGAAGUCAACGAUCCUCCGAUUGCUAUUGCAAACCCAGCAUCGCUUCAAGCCGUUGAGGGAGGUGAUACCCUUGAAAUGGCUUCCAUCCAGCUGGGAGGAUCGGACGUUGACCGGCAAGAUUCCGUAACAUUUAUCCAAAUUACCAGUCCUCCAAAGUGGGGCAAGCUGAUGCUCAGGGUGACAACCUUUCGCGACGACGGCCUGCCUCAUGGAACCCUAUUCUCGCCAGCAAACAACUUUACGGUUGCAAGUCAUGGAUCCUCCGAGUCUGUCUACGUGAAAUACUUAUUCAACGGUAUUGACCCAGGUACGUCGCAGCACCAAGGCAUUCCUGGCAAUGACGCAAUGGACUACUUUCGCUUUCGAGUAUCCGACCAGCAAGGGGCCUGGUCACUGGAACAAACCGUGCAUAUUGAUAUCAUGUCGGCGGUUGAGACAGUGACACCAAAGUCGAUUCAGAAGCUAUCAGGGGAUGAGCCAACGGCCAUCAAUUUCAAUGCCACUGAUGCCUCAGGAUACGAGAGACCUUUGGCACUGUUUUUCGAUACGAUACCAAAUGAAGAUAUCGGUUGGCUGGUUGAGACGAACUCAAAUAGUAUCUUGAGACCUGGGUCGGUCGCGCCUGUUGAGACCGCUCUCUCCUUCCUUCCCAAUGCAUCUUUUUGCAGCGACAAGUAUGAUCCAGGGAUCACAACCAGAGUGAAUUACCGUGCAGUAGCCCUGAUGAACGACAAAGUUACGAGUGUAUCCACAAGUGUCAUCCAGAGCUUCGAAAUGCAAUGCCCCAAACCGAUCAUCGACGUCACAAGCACCAGCAAGACGAUUCAUUUGUAUGCCUUCAGUCUAUAUUCGAUCAAUCAAACGAAUUGUAGAGUUCCCCUCUACGAGAGCCUCCAUUCUUCAGAGUCUCGCAUUUGCGACGAGGCAGCCACUGUUGACGGAGUUCGACCAAUAUCAGCGACCCGACGAAGCCUUGGCUAUGAAGUGGUUGUCACGGUGCUGCCAGAAAGUGGAUACAUCACAUUCUCAGAAGUCUCAUGGCACAAGGUGAGGCUUUUCAAGGGAAGAAGGGCUAUGGCUUCUGAGAAUGUCACAUUCGCAGCAUCUCUCGAGGACCUCGAAGAAGUCUUUGAUGGCAUGACCUAUCGUAGUAUUCUGCCCGGCAAUCACAGCUUGGAGAUAACGAUACAAUAUGAAGGUUGUCUGGUCAACGAGCACUUCAACCAGACAGAAUCAGGCGUUGGAGGCACCGGACACGAUGAGUCUUGUCCCAAGAUCAGUCUGGCAAUCCCAGUUAUUGUCGAGGAAGGAGACCGCGACGAUGCUCCAGUGUCCAUCAAGUUUCCAAUUGAGGUAGUUCUUCCCUGGUUUGGAUACCCACUAGUUUACUUUCUGUGGUUCUAUGUUGAAGGAUUGCGGCGGGAAAUUAAGAGGUUUGCACUGUCUUACUUUGCGUUUGUGGGGGCCUUUUGGUACGGUUUCUUCUGCAAACGACGAAGCGACAAGUCUGAUUCAACUUCAAAGUCAGCCCGACAACGUGUGUGUGCCCCUGGGCCCGAAAGCGACUGUUUGGGAGCCAACCGCGAUCCCCACGCGACGACAGCUUCGCAGACGUCUUGGGACCACUCUGGUCUUGAUCAUUCGGAAACUUAUCAAUUUCGGGCCGAGCCACACGAACAUUUCCAGCUUUCGCCGGGCACAAUCGUCCAAGAAGCCCAUCACCAUCACCACCACCCUUGGGCUGCCGCACCGUUUGACCACCGAACGAAAUACUAA